UCCAACUAACAUUUACAUAGCAGAAGAUUGCUUUAAGCUUUUGGAUUCUAAGAGUAAUUACCAAUUGAUUGACACACUAGUUAAUUCGACGAGGAAGUUAUAUGGAAGUGAUGAUAUGAUUAAAUAUCUGAGUCUAGGGGAUUACAUUGAAGGAAAUGUUCCGAGUUUGAAAAAAUUCAUGACCAUUGGAACGUGCAGUAAUGUUGAAUGUUCUUACAUUCCAUCCUCUUUGCGAGCUCUUUCAUGUGCAAUGAGGUUGCUUCAAAUGUAUGAAUUUAAGGAGAAUCAUGGAGAAUGGGUUAGUAAUGUCAAACCUAGUUUAGGUCCUGGAAUAGCAGAACGCGUACAAGAUGCGUUGAAAACUACAGAUGAAAAUAUUGAUGUGUGUCGCGCUGUGAAGGCUGAGCUUCGAGCAGCUCUCACUGCUCUCCUUGGGGAUUGUGGAAUACUUGCAAUCCCAACUGUUCCUGGACCUCCACCUAAACUAAGAACGGAUACGACUGCAUUGGAAGGAUUUCGUGCUAAAGCUUUUAGUUUGUUAUCAAUUGCUGGAGUAUCUGGAUUUUGCCAGGUUAGUAUACCUCUAGGUAUACAAGAUAAUCUCCCUAUAUCAGUUUCUUUACUGGCAAAUCAUGGUUCAGACUGGUUACUGCUAAAUGUUGUUGAGGCUAUUCACAAUGUUCUCCAGGAGUAAAUCUGAUUUAUGUGACAUUGACUUGCUUAAAAUUGUUUGAAAUUGCAUUAAAUUGUAAUUCCAACUAUUGCUUCAUAGUUACUCCCUUCAUAGAAAAA